CACAAUUCUUUUAGAAAGGCAAAUGGAAGUGAAAAACAGGCCGCUGCCUCCCUUGACAAACACUCCAUAUAACUGGUGGCCAUUUGAGGAAGAAGGACUGAUAAGGCAAGGGAGUGACCAGAGGUAUCAAAUUCCCCUCUUUUUUGUCCGUCACAUGCAGGAAGAACUAACAGGAUGAGGGGCUAGGAAGGAGAUUAUCACUUAUUACUAUUACAUUAUAUACAAGAAAAAAUAUCAAAUCAGUAAGGACAGGGAGACACACUGGUGAAGAGGUGAGAGAUCAGUUGACCAUCUAUCCAGGAGCACAGUGAACUGACCACAGGGUUACAAGCACCAUGGUUACGCUGGACUUCAGGACACUGACGGUGCCUGUGGGCAUCGUGCGGAUACUGGAGGUGAUCUUCACCUGUAUCUCCUUCAGCUUGGUGGCAUCGGUGGGUCACAGCACUGACUCCUUCUGGACGUGGUGCAUGUUCACCUGGUGCUUCUGCUUCUGCGUCACCCUCCUCAUACUCUUCAUGGAAUUCACCAGUCUCAACGCAAAGCUGCCUAUCUCCUGGGAUGACUUCACCACAGCUUUUGCCAUGUUGGCUACUCUAAUGGUACUGGCAGCAUCCAUCAUCUAUCCGAUCUUCUUCACUUGCCCUAGCUGCGGUAGACAAAUUGGUGCCACUGUUACUUCCUGUCUGGCCUUCAUCCUGUACGCCAUUGAGGUUGGUAUGACCCGGGCCAAAACUGGUGAGAUCAGUGGUUUUCUAUCCACAGUCCCAGGCCUCCUCAAGGUACUGGAGGCCUUCGUGGCUUGCAUCAUCUUCAUUUGCUUGGACUACACCACAUUCUCAAGGUUUCCCGGACUCCAAUGGUGUGUCGCCGUCUACUCUAUCUGCUUCAUUUUUGCAACCCUUGUCAUUAUUUUUACUAUCUGCCGCCUUCUGUCUCUCUUCCCGGCACCGUUUGACAAAGUUCUGAUAGUCUGCAACGUGUUGGCAGUGUUAAUGUACAUGACAGCUGUGGUUAUCUGGCCGUUGUACAGCUUCAAGAACAACCCCAGACCGAGCUACUGCUCAAAAGUGGUUACUUGUCCAUGGAAUAAUUUAGUGGUCAUCUCUUUCAUGACCUGUGUUAACCUCGUUGCUUACAUUGUGGAUACAGUUUACUCUUUUAGACUGGUCUUCUUCGUCAGCAGAACAUAGGUUACAAAUGUUCCUCCGUGUUUGGCAGUCUUACAUCUCGAAGAUUGAACAUGAGUAUUUUUAUAACAAAUUUUAUUUCAAUUUUGUUUUUGUACCAACCAUGAGAGCAACUUCUUUCUGUCAUGAUGAUGACAUGAAAAAACUAUCGCUGUGUCCAGUUUUUACCAUCUACCUUCAUGACCGAUAUGCAAUCCUUGCACUUAAUGCACUUAUUUUGAUCAUUGAUGUGGCAGAGUGAGACUCUGUUACAAACUCAUUUUGUGUGUGUUUUUGUCAAUUUCAGCAUUUGAAAUUUGGUAUAUUUCAUUCAUAAGUUUGAGGUUAUGGCGUUACAGGAUCUCAGUAACAUAUUAAAUUAAUAUGUUUAAUGGUUAAGAAUUCUGGUUAAUGGUUAAUUAGGUACAGUGGGACCCACCCUGUGCGUCUCAAAGGAUGUUGUAAAGGUGUGUCAUAGUGUGCAUACCCUGACACACAGAGAGGGAGGGAAACAUACCUGCUAUCUAUAUUUUCUGUCAAUAGCAACUGCAAAACCACAGUAAGAACACAUGCGCAUGACAGAGCUGAAAAGAUUAGUGUUUUAAUCAAGCAUAUAAGAGAAUAAAUAUAAUUAUCAGAAACUAUUUUGAUAAUUCAUUUUUUCAUUUUUCAUUCAUUUUAUUGUUUUUUUCAGGCAAAAUGUGAGAAGACUUGCUAUUUAUCUUUGUCAUUUAUCACUACACACUGUAUAUCCUUGGAUUUCUUAUUUUUGGUGGAACAAAACAGGACAUUCCAAGAUCUCAUCUUGGGCUCUGGGAAGCUUUUUUUUUUUACACUUCAUACACAAGAUAAUUAACUGAAUAAAUGGAAAAGAACGAGUAGAGGUGGUUCACACAUUUAUAUGUUUAUAUGUUACGUCUUUUUCAAACAAUAUAACAAAACCGAACAAUCUGUCAGGAUUUAAAUCUGCUUUCCUUAUCCUAAUGAUAUCAUGAUGUCAGUGAUAACCAUGUGCAUUCUUGGGAGUUACAUAACCUUUGACCGGUCCAGGAAUUCCUGCCCUGCACAAAAGUGAAAAAUGGGAAGAACCAAGAACUAAGGAGUGGAUAUUAAAACAAUUCUUUAAAAACAAAUAAAGAGACAAAAAGAGAAGGAAGAGGAGGAAGAGACUGAAAAGUGAAGAACAAAUUGCUUUUGGUUGUGUGCAGUGUAAACACUAUAUGUAAUGACAUACUGUUUGUUCACAAUGCAAGAGUAAAUAAAUACAUUUUGCUCAUGUUUGUCUGUUUUUUGUGAAUGCAGAUUAUAAAAAUGGUUUGAGAUUGAUAGAUAGAUAGAUAGAUAGAUAGAUAGAUAGAUAGAUAGAUAGAUAGAUAGAUAGAUAGAUAGAUAGAUAGAUACUUUAUUUAUCCCCU